CCCUCUAGAGACUGAGGUGCGGCCGGGACGCUUCAGAACCGUGGCGCGCGGCCCCUUCCCGGCUCUGCUUGCGGCCCCAGGGCACUCUGGCUCGUUCUCCGGGCCUCAGUCUCAACGACCGAGCUCUCCGGCCCCUCGUUUCCCGUCUCGUCCCCCUGAGCUGAACGGCCGGCGGCUCCAGGCCUCGUCCAGGGCGGGCACUAGUUCCCCGAAAGCGGAAGUCCCGGAGCCUCAGUUUCCCCACUCGUAGGCUGCCACGCGCCUCCCACGGGAGGCAGCCUCGGGCCUCCGUCUUCCGAGUGGUCCGGGAGGGCUGAAUCCCCCGGCUCCCCGCCCGCCCCCAGGCUGGGGCUCCUCCCCUUCGGGGCGGAGCCGUGUCACGUGCCGGGAAGAAAGGGCCCGCCGCGCGCGGGGCGCACGGGGCGCGCGGGGCUGUCGGGGCGCCGGGCGGCGCGGCCAUGGCAGCUCCGGAGCCGCUGUCCCCGGCGGGCGGCGCCGGCGAGGAGGCGCCGGACGAGGAUGAGGACGAGGCGGAGGCCGAGGACCCCGAGCGCCCGGCUGGUGCGGGCGGCGCGCGUAGCGGAGGCGGCAGCUGUGUCGGCGGCGGCGGCGGCGGAGGAGGAGGAGGCGGCUGCGGGGUCGGGGCCGGGGCGGGGGGCUGCGGCGGGCCGGGGGGUGCGCUCACCCGGCGCGCGGUCACGCUGAGGGUGCUCCUCAAAGAUGCGCUGCUGGAGCCGGGCGCCGGGGUGCUGUCCAUCUACUACCUGGGGAAGAAGUUCCUGGGAGACCUGCAGCCAGACGGGAGGAUUGUGUGGCAGGAAACUGGGCAGGUGUUCAACUCUCCCAGUGCCUGGGCAACCCACUGCAAAAAGCUGGUGAACCCGGCCAAGAAGUCCGGGUGCGGCUGGGCUUCUGUCAAGUACAAGGGCCAGAAACUGGACAAGUACAAGGCAGCCUGGCUCCGGCGACACCAGCUCCACAUCCCCACGGCUGCUGCCGAUGAGAGCCCGGCCAGUGAAGGGGAGGAGGAGGAGCUGUUGAUGGAGGAAGAUGAGGAGGAGGUUCUGGCAGGGGUCUCGACGGAGGACAAGAGUCGGAGACCACCGGGGAAGGGACCCUUGGAGCCUCCCCACCCAGAGGCCGUGCCCCCCGGGAAGCGGGUGGAAAACAAGAUCCGGGUGCCCGUGCGCUACUGUAUGUUGGGCAGUCGCGACUCUGCCAGAGCUGGCUCCAGAGGCCUGGGGAGCUGGCUCCUGAAGCUAUGGGGCUGUGGGACCGUCUGGCUCCGACAGGAACCCCCACACGCUGGUGGAAGUCACGUCCUUCGCUGCCAUCAACAAGUUCCAGCCGUUCAACGUGGCCGUCUCCAGCAACGUGCUGUUCCUGCUGUGCUCACGGUGCUGAGAGCCUUCCCCUGUCGCAGCCGCCUGGGGGACGCGGAUAUGGCCGCCGCCAUGGAAGAGGAGAUCUACCAGAGCCUGCUCCUGCGGGGCCUGUCCCUGGUGGGCUGGUACCACAGCCACCCGCACAGCCCUGCGCUGCCGUCGCUGCGGGACAUAGACUCGCAGAUGGACUACCAGCUGCGCCUGCAGGGCUCCAGCAACGGCUUCCAGCCCUGCCUCGCCCUGCUCUGCUCCCCUUACUACUCUGGCAAUCCUGGCCCUGAGUCCAAGAUCUCGCCGUUCUGGGUGAUGCCGCCCCCUGAGCAAAGGCCCAGUGACUACGGCAUCCCCAUGGACGUGGAGAUGGCCUACGUCCAGGACAACUUCCUGACUAAUGACAUCUUGCAUGAGAUGAUGCUGCUGGUGGAGUUCUACAAGGGCGCCCCGGACCUCGUGAAGUUCCAGGAGCCCUGGAGCCAGGAGCACACGUACCUGGACAAGCUGAAGAUGUCCCUGGCCAGCAGGACACCCAAGGACCAGGGCCUGUGCCAUGUACUGGAGCAGGUCUACAGCCUUCUUAAACAAGGGAGCUGAGGCACCGCCUCCGAGGUCAUCCUCCGAACCCCCAGUGGUUCCGGCUGAGGGGGAAUGGGUCGGGGGCUUUGUUGUGGUGCAGCAAUAAAGGGGAGAAACAAAGA